GUACUAUUGAAAUAAUUCAAAUGGGAAAUAUUGCCAGUUCAAUUUCUCCAUGUUGUCUUAACACAACGUUUUCCUUUUCCCGGUCACCGGUGACGUUGACCUUCCACGACGGCACGUCCCGAAUCAUGACCGGGAAACGCCGCCUGACCGCCGGAGAAGUGAUGUUCGAGUUCCCGGAGUGCAUGGUUUGCCAUGCACACUCUUUCUUCAUCGGUCAACCGCUCCCGGUUCUUUCCAUCGAUGACGAGCUCAUCGCCGGGCAUACAUACUUAGUCCUUCCGCUCGACGCCUUCGCGAGCAACGUCCUCUCUGUAUCCUCUCUCGGGGCAUUAGGGCGCAGCCCGAGACACGGAGGAGGUGGUUCCCCGCCGGUCAACUUCAAGAGCGCGGCGUUUGAACAUAUUAGAGGAUCAAACGGUAGGGCAAUGGUGAAGGUGGUGCCGGAGUUCAUAGUGAACCUUAUUAGUGGAGGGAUUAAAGUGAGCAGUAGUGGUGGUGGAGAUGAAGAUAAAAAUGGUGGAAAGGUUAUGCUUUGUGACACGCCGGAGUUGAAGAAGGUUUAUGAGCAACUGGUGGGGUCGAAAGAUCAAGUGUGGUCUCCGAAGCUUGAUACCAUUAAGGAGUACAAGUUAAGGUAUUCUCCCUGCAGGUUUAUAGGGUUGGAAUGGAAACAUAAAGAAGGGGAGGAGAUAUAUAGCUAGUUUAAUUUAUACAGCUAGAAAUACAUUGUUCAAUAUUUGGUGUAUUGAUCUUAUACAUAGAUGAUCCAAUUGUGUAAUUCUAUUGUAGUUAGGCCUAGGGGUGUGCACCGGUCCAAAACCGGACCGGACCGGACCGGAACCGGUUAGGACCGGAACCGGAAUAAUCAUUUUCUAUGGACCGAAGACCGGACCUGAAUCUAACCGGUCUGGACCGGUCUGGACCUGAAUUUUCCGGCCCAGUCCGGGUUUGACCCUAAUUGACCCGGUUUUAAAAGAAGACAUAUGGAGUAUUAUCUUAGAGUGUUCUUAGCUGACCCCAAAUUUUUUAGGAAUAAGACUUGGAUGUGUUGUUGUUUCAAACUAUAAUUUUAUAUGCAGAUAUGCUAAAUAG